AUGCGCCGGAAGUCGCGACUCGACGCCGAUGCGAUUUGCUUGGCGCUGGGCGGGACUUGCGUCAACCAGGCAUGCUGUACGACACCGUUUUCCGGACUGAAAGCUGGCGGAGGUUCCGGAAAUGAACGGCCGCUGACUACGGUGGAUGGAGAUGUAGAAGAGGGCUCAAUCAUUUCCGUAACCAGCGCCGAAGAGCGGGAAGCCGCCGAGAUUAAGAGCGGGCUGAUCGGCUCGGGAACAGCUGAAAAACGCACAAAGGCGCCGUCUUUCGGGACAACCCCGGAGCCGUACACCGAACGGCCGCACCGCACCACCACGCGUCGCGGCAACACCAAGAAGGUUUCCGUCGUGACGCUCAAACCGGAGGGACCGGAAAUGGAGGAGCUCUUCGAAAUUCUUGGAAACACCACCCAAGCUACCGUAACCACGAAGAAGAAGACGAAAAAGGGAAAGAAGUCGAGCCAGAUUGAAACCACUACGGCCCUCCCCGAGCACGUCUCCCUCUUGCUGACAACCUGCGGCUCGGGUCUCCGCCCCGUCGGCCCGUGCUCAGAAGAUUCGGAUUGCCCAGCCCUCCACCACUGCCAGAACGGGAAGAUCUGCUGUUAUAAUGUAUUCCACGAUCCCGAUACUACCUCUGUUGAUCUCAUCACUGCA